AUGGUUGUCCUUGGGAAGUGUAAAGCAACAAAAAACACGAACAAAAUUUCAGUCAGCUCUCAUAAUAUUACCGCAGUUUUCUUGCCCUAUAGAUUAAAUUUCAAGAUGUGUUUAAUAAAGCGUGAACUUAAGAAUUGUGUGGGUUAUCUUAAGAAACGCAACGAUGUUAUUUUCCUCGGAACAAAAACGAAUCCUACUGUUAAUUUGGUUUAUUUUGGAGGCGAUGUACAGGAUUACGAAUAUAAUAUGAGUCAAAAUAAUUUUAAUAAUCAGUAUAUUAGAUGGAAUUUGGAAAAUACUGCCCAAAACUUGUAUGUAAGAUUUACCAAUCACUUUCGUGACUGUAAUCCCCAUGUGUGGAUUAUUCGUGCUUCACAUUGGAUAUCUAAUUCAAUAGCUUGUUAUGUUAAUUUCAUGCCUUUUACGAAAUCUGGUGUGCCAUUAUUUGAAAAUGACGAUAUCUGUAAAAUGACAGGAAUGAUGCAUUUAAGUUGUUUGCUGUCAAAUGCAGUUAAAAAGUUGUUAAAUUGUGAAGCGAGUAUACAGUGUCAAAUAUCUACUAUCCCUAUACGACUGAUUGGUUUUAGCAAAGGAUGUUGUGUUUUGACAGAGAUAUUAUAUGAACUAUCAGUAUUAUCCCACUCCAAAAAAUUACCUAAUGAUUCUGUUAAAGAUGUUCCUGCACAAGUAUUGGAACUUUCUCAAAUUAUAACAGACCUUUAUUGGCUUGAUUCUGGACAUUCAGGUACACAUCAUCAGUGGCCAGUUUCGCUUAACUACCUAUCUUUGCUGAACCCCGUUUCAUGUCCCAGAAUACAUGUUCAUGCAUCUCCCUAUCAGAUAAUGAACCAGCUAAAACCUCAAAAAUCUAUCGAUUUUUAUAAAUUUCUGGAUAUUUUAUCUCAUUUAAAUUUGCCUUUUAAAAAGCAAUUGCAUUUUAUGCCUGUUGAUGAUGAAAAUUCAGAGUCACAGUCUACCGAUUUGAGAUCGAAAAAUGAGAUGAACUGUUCACUAGACUAUCAUUUCGAGAUUUUGAACCACUUUAUGUUUUGA